AUGCCUGUAUUGGAUGACCAGAGCUGUGAUGAAUCAGAUUACUCAGAUGAUGAACAGUACUUAUUCGAUAGCAAAGCAGUUCCCAAAAUGAGUCUGAACACACCUUCCCAAGCACCUGUGAAUCAUGUUCUGGAAAAUGAGGUGUCUUCCUUUGCUGUGCACAAACUUUCCAGGUACGGCUUUGAUAGUGAGCGUUGCCGAGCAGUGCUGAGAUCUCAUCACGGUAACAUUGGGGCUUCCUUGGAGCAUUUGCUAUUUCAGUGCUUCUCAGAAAAAUUUGCAGAAAGGAUGGAGAUCACAGAAAAUGCCACUCUGGCAAGUACUGACAACUGUUUGGAACAAAGGCAAGAAGAGGCUUUUGCCCUCCGUUCCAUCUGUGGAGAGAAAUUUGUGGAAAGAAUUCAGAACCGAGUUUGGACUAUUACAUUAAACUUGGCGUACUUGACAGAGAUUGUCAGCAAGCCCAAGCGAGGGCAAAACACUACCAGCAAUGGUUCAAACCCAGCUUCCCAGGAAAUCUGUAAACAUUACCUCCAAGGAGAUUGCAGGUUUGGAUUAAGAUGCAAAUUCAAGCAUGAGCGUCCACACAAACAAAAAACACUUCCAAGCGUUAGAGAAGAUGCUCAUCUUAGACUUAAUGGUGAUAAUGCUCCCAUUUAUGAACUUGAAAUAAGAUUUCCGGAGGGUAACAAAUACCCUUACCAGCCUCCUCUUGUUGCAUUUUAUUCGACUAAUGAGAACCUGCCCUUGGCCUGUCGACUCCACAUUGCUGAAUUCCUUUAUGAAAAAGCCUUGAUAUCCUCUGAGUGUAAUGAACCAGUUGUCUAUUCUUUUAUAACAUGCUUGGAAGAUGAAGAUGAAGUAAUGAAACUGCUUAGUAAGACGUCCCACAAAUAUAGUGCUCCUCCUCUAGCUUUGAGGAUGUCCUCAGGCAGAAGACAAGAAAAUGUUGAUGAGCGAGGGUUGCCUAAUAGAACAUCUGUUCUGUCACAAAUGUCAGAAGAAGUCAGUUUCAGAGAACGUUGUGUCCUCCAGUGCUCAGACUAA